UUAUUUUAACCAUGCAAGAAGUUUGUAGUGUAAUUGAUCCGCAAAUAAAGACCGAAGCAUCAUUGAUGCCAUUGCAGACAGUGCUGUUAAGCAAUCCACCGAUGAAUCCAAUUCAAAUACCGCCGUCACAACAAAAUGGACAGUCACAUCAGUCGCCCGUCUCCAAAUUGCCUGCAAACUGUGAUAAAACGCGUGACAAUGCUUAUUGGAUGCCUACAGAAACCGGAUUUAUAAAUUCACAACCAUCAAUGGCUGAAUUUUUGACACAUUUAGGACCCGACUCAAGUCCAAAAAUGGAACAAUCGUCGUAUGGUGGAACGCCAUCUGAUGGUGAUCCUGUGCCUGAAUAUCCAUGGAUGAAAGAAAAGAAGACAGCGAGGAAAAAUAACUCUCAAAACGAAUUUGUUGCAGAAAAUGGACUACCAAGACGAUUACGGACAGCAUACACAAACACACAGUUGCUGGAGCUGGAAAAGGAAUUUCAUUUUAAUAAAUAUUUAUGUCGACCGAGACGGAUCGAAAUAGCCGCGAGCCUAGACUUAACAGAGCGUCAGGUUAAAGUUUGGUUCCAAAAUCGCCGAAUGAAAUUCAAGCGACAAACACAAUCAAAAACUGACGAUGAGGAUUCGAGUAAGGAUGACUUUAAGGCUGAUGAUGAUACUCAGUCAUGCAAUUCAAACUCAAAAAAGUCAUGUCAAGGUUGCGAUUUGCCAUCGGACGAUGUGCCCGAUUCCACAUCAAAUUCACGUGGUCAAAACAACAAUACACCCAGUGCAACCAACAAUAAUCAAUCAAACGUAAAUGAACGAACAAAUGGUGCAAUUUCACGAACAACUCCCAAUUCGACAAUUGAUUUAGGGACGACACAGAAUACACAAAAUUUAAUGAAUUCAACGAGCAUUUCGAAUGCGGAUUCAUCAAUUCCAUCUACAGGUAGCCUUGAUGAGGAGGAGGAAACGCCGGUGAAAAUCAAAAAGAAAGAGGAGACUCAUAGUGGAGGUCGUAAGAAGAAAGAACCGAAAGUGUCCCACAUGUACGCAAACAACGACGUCUAUCGUAAAGAAAAUGUUCAAUCUCCACACGUAAUUGGAGCUAAAUCAAAUCUAAAUUAUAAUCGAAAUAACAAUCAAUAUCAGAAUCAGGUUAAAAUAAAAGGACAGCCAAUCGCAAUGCAGGAUGGAUAUUUUCCAGGUUUUUAUGGAAAACAUCCACCACCACCGAAUAUUCAUCAUCAGCCAAACGAUGUCAUGUUCACAAAACAUGAGAUUGAGUUUCAUCAAAAAAAUAUGUCAACGUCGCAACAACAACAAGCGACAGCAGCAGCAGCAGCCGUGGGACAGCAAUUUCCUCCAUUUCAUGGAGCCGUACAAAAAUAUGAUAUUCAUGAAUAUGAACAGCAGCAUCAUAAUCUAUUGAAAAAUGAUGUAAAUCAUAAAAUUUCUGUCGGCAAUAUUCAUUCAGCACGACCACCGCCACUUGACUUUCCAUCACCGCAAAAUGCACAAAUGUAUUACAAUGAAAAUAACGCUCAAAAUUCACAUAAUCAAUAUUAUCCGAAUGAAUUUGAUAUUGGCAAUGAUGGUGCAAAUUCAGUCACUGGAAAUGGCAAUGGUAGUGGAAAUGGCGGCACUGGCAGUGGCUAUUUCGAUCCAAAAUCCCAAGCGCAUUAUUAUGAAAUGAAUUAUCAUCAUCAGCAUAGCGGAAAUGAUUAUUCAGAAAUGUACGGUCCGAAUGCAGCGAUAAAUGAAAAUUGUGAAAACUUUUCAUCAUUCCAACAAUAUUAUGAUCAUCAUCAACAUCCACAGCAUCCAGCACAACAGCAACAACCACAAAAUAUGCAUCAUCCCCAUCCACCACAUCACUAUCCACACCACAUAGCUGCCGCUGCAGCAGCACAACAGAAUCUUACUAAUCCAGUUGCCACGGCAUAUGUUCAUCAACAAAAUUUUGCAUCAAAUGCACAAAUUCAUGGAAAUACAAAUCUAACGGAAAAUAGUAAUAGCUCAUCUGACUUUAAUUUUCUUAGUAAUCUUAAUGACUUUGCACCGGAAUAUUAUCAGUUGAGUUAG